AUGGAGUCCCCUGUUUUCUCCAGAGUCUGGCGCAAUGCCCUGAUCUUAUCUUCCAUUCUGGCUACCGCUCAAGGUCAACAGGUUGGUACCUACCAGACUGAGAAUCACCCCUCGAUGACCUGGCAGACAUGCAGCAGUGGCGGCAGCUGCAGCACCAAGCAAGGCUCCAUUGUCCUCGAUGCCAACUGGCGUUGGAUCCACCAAACGGGAAGCUCCAGCAAUUGCUACACGGGCAACAAAUGGGACACUUCUUACUGCAGCACCAAUGUGGCCUGUGCCCAGAAAUGUGCCUUGGACGGCGCUGAUUAUGCCAACACCUAUGGUAUUACGACCAGCGGCAGCCAAGUCCGUCUCAAUUUUGUCACCAACAAUUCUAACGGGAAGAACGUCGGUUCCCGAGUCUAUAUGAUGGCAGACGAGACCCAUUAUGAGGUUUACAAGCUGUUGAAUCAGGAGUUUACCUUCGAUGUGGACGUUUCCAAGCUCCCAUGUGGCCUCAACGGGGCCCUUUACUUUGUCGUGAUGGAUGCCGAUGGAGGUGUGUCCAAAUAUCCGAACAACAAAGCUGGCGCCAAGUAUGGCACGGGAUACUGUGACUCUCAAUGCCCACGGGAUAUGAAGUUUAUCCAAGGUCAAGCGAAUGUGGAGGGCUGGGAACCCUCAAGCAACAACGCCAACACCGGCACUGGAAACCAUGGCUCCUGCUGCGCCGAGCUUGACAUCUGGGAAUCCAACAGCAUUUCACAAGCCCUCACUCCUCACCCAUGUGAUACCCCUACCAACACUCUAUGUACCGGCAAUGCCUGCGGCGGUACAUAUAGCGAGGAUCGCUAUGGCGGCACGUGUGAUCCUGAUGGCUGUGACUACAACCCGUACCGUGUGGGCAACACAUCCUUCUACGGCCCUGGCAAAACGCUCGACACCAACAAGCCAAUGACCGUCGUGACCCAAUUCAUUACGAACGACGGCACCGCCACCGGCACCUUAACCGAGAUCAAACGAUUUUAUGUACAGAACGGUGUCACAUAUCCCCAGCCCAGCGUCGACCUCAGCGGCCUCAGCGGCAAUUCCAUCAACUCUAACUACUGCACCACUCAAAACACCCUGUUUGAGGGCGCGGGCAGUUUCGCCAAACACGGUGGACUCGCCGGCAUGGGUAAGGCCAUGUCGACCGGAAUGGUCUUGGUCAUGAGUCUGUGGGACGACUAUGCUGUCAACAUGCUCUGGCUUGACAGCACCUACCCCACCAAUGAACCGGCCAGCAAGCCUGGUGUCGCUCGUGGAACGUGCUCCACCUCAUCCGGGGUCCCUAGUGAGGUCGAAGCCUCCAAUCCCAACGCUUAUGUGACAUAUUCCAACAUUAAAGUUGGCCCUAUCGGCUCCACUUUCAAGAGCUGA